CGGAAAAAUUACGGAAUUCAAAACUCCAUUAUCGAAACCCAGUCGCAAAUGAAUGGCAAGAAUCCCCAUUAGAGACUUCCUUCUUUACAGAUCCCACUUUCUCUCUCAUCCCAUCGCUGUAAUUCCCUCAAAACUGAAUUUUUCUACUUCUUCAACCUCAUUGUCCUCCAGUUCUUUUGAUUUCACAUCUGAUCAAAGCCUCUCACUGUACAAUCAAUAUUUAAAUCUCCUCAAAACAUGUCAAAACACUGCCCACCUUUUCCGAAUCCAAGCCCAUUUGAUCGCUUCUGGUCUCUUCCACAAAUUAUCGUUUUCCAGCAGAGUUUUGAAACUUAGCUCAGAUUUAUGUGACAUUGAUUACACUCUUUUGGUUUUUAGAUGUAUUAAUUCUCCGGAUACUUUUUGCAUUAAUACUGUUAUCAAGUCCUAUGCUUGUAGUUCUGUACCACACAAUGCUCUAAUGUUCUAUUUUGAAAUGCUUAGAAACGGGUUUUCACCAAAUAACUUUACUUUUCCACCCCUUGUUAGUUCUUGUGCUAAAACGGGCUGUUUGGAAGCGGCGCAAAAAUGUCAUGGGCAAAUUGUAAAGUAUGGGACUGAUAAUGUCAUGCCAGUGCAGAACUCUUUGAUUCAUUUGUAUGCUUGUUGUGGGCUUAUGGGUGUUGCUAAGCAGGUAUUUGCUGAAAUGCCCAUGAGGGACUUAGUGUCUUGGAAUUCAAUGAUGGAUGGGCUUGCAAGAUAUGGUGAAUUGCGUGCUGCUCAUCAAUUGUUUGAUACAAUGCCCCAAAAGAAUGUGAUUUCUUGGAAUAUCAUGAUAACAGGGUAUUUGAAUGGUGGGAAUCCCGGGUGUGGGUUGAAAUUGUUUAGAAAAAUGACGGACAUGGGGUUGAGAGGCAAUGAUACAACUACGGUCAGUGUGCUAACGGCAUGUGGUAGGUCUGCGAGAUUGAAAGAAGGAAGGUCGGUUCACGGGUUUCUUAUUAGAACAGUUUUGAAGUUGAGUUUGAUUAUUGAUACGGCUUUGAUAGAUAUGUAUGGUAGAUGUGGAAGAGCGGAUGUUGCUCAAAUAGUUUUUGAUAGGAUGUCGAUCAGGAAUUUGGUUUGUUGGAAUGCAAUGAUUUUGGGACAUUGCAUACAUGGGAAGCCAGAAGAUGGGCUUAACUUGUAUGCUGAGAUGGUUGGUAUAACUUGUUCAGAAAAUGGAGAAGUUAAUUUUGAUAAGAUCUUAGAGUCAGAUGAAGGGCAAGGUGUUCUCCCCGAUGAAAUCACCUUUGUUGGAGUUUUAUGUGCUUGUGCCCGUGAAGGGCAUUUGACGGAAGGUAGAAACCACUUUAGGCAAAUGAUUGAUAUGUUUGGUGUAAAGCCAAAUUUUGCACAUUAUUGGUGCAUGGCUAAUCUCUUUGCCGGUGUUGGUCUAUUGCAAGAUGCAGUCGAAUUAUUAAGAAACAUGCAAGUUGAUGAUGACACAUCAUCAGAACCUUCAUUGUGGGGUGGAUUGCUUGGAUCAUGUCGUUUUCAAGGGGAUGUGAUUCUGGGCGAACGGAUUGCAAAAGAUUUACUUGAACAAGAUUCUGGAAAUUUCUCGUAUUAUGCAUUGCUGUUGAAUGUUUAUGCAGUGGCAGGUCGAUGGGAGGAUGUUGCUAGAGUGAAGGAGAUGAUGAAGGAGAGAGGGUUGAGAAGAACACCGGGUUGUAGUCUUAUGGACUUGAAAGAAAUUGUUCACAACUUCAAAAUGGGAGAUAAAUGGCAAAAGUGUGCACAGGAGGUGAACAUGAGAAUUUGUGAAUUGGCUCAAUGAGAAAGCUUAUUGGCCACUGAUACAAAAAGCGGCAGAUGGGUGAGAGACGAGCUCAAUAUUUAGUGAUACAUCAUAAGAGAAGUGGAACUUAGCUUACGCGUUCCUCCCUUUGCUGGCUGGCGUCAUGCCUUGAUCUCCAACGAAGUAGAAUCCAUGCCAGCUAUCCCAGAUUUUUGGUCUGGAAUGUGACUGAUGAGGACGGUGUAAGUUAUAAUGAUUAAUGGGAAGGCUGGUUUGGCCUGAGAUGUGAUCAAAGACAUCUCAAUCUCAUUCUAUAAAUGUGGUCAGA